UCUUACUAAAUUUACAUUCAUUAAAACAUCUUAAUACUUUCCUGCAGAAAAAUGAUUGGAAAUCCAAUAUGCGAUCCAUUUACAAAUUUGCCAGUAAAAUUUGACAUUGAGAAUAUUGCAGCCGAAUUAAGGCCAAAGGAAAAAGCGGUAGAAGUUGAAAAGGACAAAGAACCACGCGAUUUCCUACACCUUGAGGACAAGAACUGGGUAGUAUUACCAAAAUUUAAAUAUGAACUGGAGCACCUUAUACCAUCAUUAUCCCUACGAACGAAUCCUUACAUGCGAUGUCGCUUUAGAAAAUUUCUAAACGAUGUGCCAGAUUCAUAUGUGAAAAUAAGACUGUACAGAGAAGUGGUCGACCGCAUGCCUCAGCCAAGAAGAAAGUCGCUUAACGGCCAGUUCUAUGGGGUGGACUAUAAAUUAGCUCCCAUCCCCGCAGUUCUUAACCCGCGCAACUUCUCAGCAUCAGAACUAGCGGAACAGAAGAGACGAAUUAAGGCAGCGGAAUUGAAAGCGACAAAUAGCAAUAAUUAUAAAACAAAGAAAGUUAGGUAGAUGGAUAUUUAAUUUUUAUGCAGAAUAAAAACGUUUUCGUAAAAAGCACAAUAAAAAUAUUACGAUGUUCUAGCA